GUGACGUAAGCGGAAGUGUCCGACCGCAGCUACAGCGGCUAACGGCUACCAGCUAACGUCAGCUCGUGAAGCUCCGCACCGACAGCAGUCCGUCCGUCUGUCCGUGGAUGGAAGUGGCGAGUUCUGCGAUGGGACCGGAGCGAGUGUUUCCAAGUGGCGAGGACGAGCUGUGUGAGGACGAGCGUCCAGUGGAGGGCACUCUGCUGCCGGUGGCGGCGUGGAGCGGAGACGGAGGAGGAGAGGAGGAGGAGGAGGGCGGAGACAUGGAUGUAGAGGAAGAGGAGGAGGAGGUGACGGACAGCGGACCGGCAUCGGAAGGCGGAGGGUAUUAUUAUCAACCCCUGAACCAAGAACCAGAUGGACUCAACGGCAACGAACCACAUGAUGAAGACGAGGAGGAGGAGGAGCCGGAGGCGGGGUCACAUGCACAGCAGCUGCAGCAGGUGCAGCAGAGGAUAGAGGUGAUGGGGCUGCACCUUCCUGAAGCUCCGCCCCCUGACAGUGAUGAGGAGGAGGAUCCUGAGGGGGCAGCGGCCCAGCGGAGCCGUGCCUCCAUCCCCAUGGACGCAGACCAUGUGGAGCUGGUGAAGAGGACGAUGGCGGCGGUGGCGUUGCCGUCCCUCGGCGUCCCGGCCUGGGCCCAGGACAUCUCAGAUGACCAGUGGAAGGACAUGGUCCAACACACGCUGCAGAGCCGACAGAGCGCCGCCGCCCUCCGCAUCAACCGCAGGAACAACAUUAACUGAUCCUGAAUGCUCCGUGGCUCCUUCAGGUGCAUGGUCGCAGGGUUGGAAACGACAUAAGAGACUGUUUAUCAAUAAACCAACCAAUCAUUGUCAUGUUCUAAAUGAUUCACAUUCUCAAAUGGAAGGACUUUAGAAAGUGAACGUUGUUUAAUGUACUUUUUUCUUCAUAUUUUCCUGUUUUUUGUCUGAAUCCACAGCUUCAUGUGAUGUGGAUUCAGGAGGUUUUUGUCUUUUGUUGUAAGAUUUAUUAAAGUCAAAACUCAAACACAACUUAACUUUUAUUAAAAUGUAAAAACACAAACUGAAGCUACAGUUAAAUCACAGCACUUGAUAAGGGGACCAGCUAACAAACAUUACCAAGUUGAUUAUUAGCAACUAUAGAUGAGUCGUCAUUAGCCAGAAUAGGUUUUUCAUAUUUAUUAAAUAAAAUAAUUAAACAUUUAAUGUUAGCAUCUGUGGCUAAAGCAGCAGAUGAUGCUAUAACAAAUUUUAACUGUAGCUUCAGUUUUAUUGUGAAUAAAAUUAUUUACUAACGUUUACAAAAUCUAAACAGGAAAAAACACUGACCUAAAAGAUCUGUCAACAAGAAAAGAUUAUUCUUAUUAAAUUUUAAUUUAACAAAUAAUAAAGGUUGAAAAACGGACUAAAAGGUUUGUUGAAAGUUUGUUAAAAUUAGAUCUUUUUAUUCAGUGGUUCUGAUGAGAAUCUCAUCUGUUGAUACAAACACAAACUGAUUGUCAAACAUGUCACUUUAUUUCUUUAUUUGCUUCUGUACAUACAUGAACAUCUGUACAAAAUCAAACUUUCAUACUAUGUAAUGCUCGACCUAAUAAAGUCCAACAUAUGUACAGGA